CAUCCAUCCUCCGACAUUCCUCCCAGACCGACUUCAAUACCCGGACUACUCAUACCGGCUCUUCCCCAAUAUCCCAAAUACUCUCAAUUUACUCUUCCCCAGCACCCUGAUUACCUCCAUCUACUCUUCAUCAUAUCCCGCUUAUACCCCAUCACCCUCUUCCCAAAUACUCUGAUGACUCCCGUUCCAUGUCUGCUAUCCCUCUCUGCCAAUCCCUCCACUGGACUCCACUCAUGUCCUCCAUCCCCUCUCUGGCCUCCACUGGCUUCCACUCAGUGUCCUCCACCCCUCUCUGCCAAUCCCUCCACUGGCCUCCACUCAGUGUCCUCCAUCCCUCUCUGC